UUUCCCUGGAUCACUUUGGCUCCGUUCAAGUGCGAGGGCUGCAAGGAGGCCGGCAUCGGCUCCCGCUGUUCCCCGUCAAUCAGCCACCCGUUCUACACGAAAUGCUCGUUCCAGUUCAUGAGCAGGACGCCUGGUGCGGUGGCGCGUUACUGCAACGCGUGUGCGAAGGACGUGGUUGGGUUCGUCUACCACUGCAACUCAUGCGGCUUCGAUCUCCACCCCUGCUGCGCCAAGCUCUCGAUGGUCCUCGACGACGGCGAAAUCAAAUUGUACUUGUACAAAAAAAUCAGCUCCCCAUGUCACAGGCAAGCUAAUUAUAUUAAAUCCUGGAGCUACAGAUCGUCAUGCAAAAAGUACAACCUACACGUGGCGUGCGUGAAGGAAAUGCUUGUUGACAGCUGGCACCAGAUAUACCACUGUGCAUGGGGAGCACCUACACCAGCAGGAAAUUAG